UCUUUAUUUUGCGUAACUUCCGGUUGUAAUUCCUUUUCAUCGUUAGCCCACGAGAGGGACGAGCUGCAAAGAUGAGUAAGGUCUCCAGAGAUACACUAUAUGAGGCCGUGAGGGAGGUUCUGCAGGGCUCCCAGGCCAAGCCAAGAAAAUUUGUGGAAUCAGUGGAACUUCAGAUCAGCCUGAAAAACUAUGAUCCUCAGAAGGACAAGCGUUUCUCCGGCACUGUCAGGCUGAAGAAUCUGCCCAGACCAAAAUUCUCAGUUUGUGUCUUGGGAGACCAGCAGCACUGUGAUGAGGCCAAAGCUGCUGAACUGCCACACAUGGACAUCGAGGCUCUUAAGAAGCUCAACAAGAACAAAAAGCUGGUCAAGAAACUUGCCAAGAAGUACGACGCCUUCCUGGCUUCAGAGUCUCUGAUCAAGCAGAUCCCUCGUAUCCUGGGUCCUGGGCUGAACAAGGCUGGCAAGUUCCCCUCACUCCUCACCCAUAAUGAGAACCUGAACACCAAAGUGGAUGAGGUCAAGUCCACAAUUAAAUUCCAGAUGAAGAAGGUGUUGUGUCUGGCUGUGGCUGUUGGACACAUUAAAAUGACAGAGGAUGAGCUGGUGUACAACAUCCACCUUGCAGUUAACUUCCUGGUGUCACUGCUCAAAAAAAACUGGCAGAACGUGCGUGCCCUUUACAUUAAGAGCACAAUGGGCAAACCACAGCGUCUGUACUAGACAUGUUUUCUUCUAAUAAAAUGUGGACAUGUUCCAAAAA